AUGUGGCGAGAAUCUUCAACUCCAUCAACAUCACCGUCAUCAAAUAUGUCAUCUACAGCAAUGACAUUAACAUCAACAACAACAACAUCAACAUCGUUGACCACACUAAUCAACAGUUACAAAUCCACUGCGUUUGAAUAUUCGCAUUUACUUGGUGCUCACAAUUACGAUCAUCAUCUUCCUUAUAAAAACGAAAUCAUAUACAGUAACAACAACAACCACAACAACAACAUCAACAACGAUGUUAAUGACGACAUCAAUAAUAACAAUCACCUAUUUUGUAAUGACAACAACUUUGAAAGCAGCAACAAACCUGAGGACAACAUGAACCAUUUUUAUAACCGUGUUAAUCUAAAUGAUUACCUACACUCGCAGAAUUUUGCGCCAGUAUUUCACUCAUCACCUACAGACCUUUACAACAACAGCAACAACAGCAGCAACAAUAACAUCAACAACAAAAGCAGCAACAACAACAGCAUUCACAACAACAACAACAACAACAUCAUUCACACCAACCAAACAACAUCUUUUUCUGCCCAGCUCAACGACCCUGACGAUGAUUGCGUUAGAAAUGCCUUCGUCAAAUCAACAACGUUUUUCAGCCCAUCAAACUACAACAACAACAGCAACAACAAUUUUGAUCCCGAUGAAGAAGAAGAUGAGGAUGAUGAAGAUGGUGAUGAUGAUGUGGAUGAAAUCCAUUGCAACAUUAUUAAGAACAACAAGAUUAUUAUGAAAUCCGAUCGUGAUUUGAAAGACAUUAAAACUUUAAAUAACGCAAACAGUAACAACAACAACAACUUUAAAAUGUACAACAACACCAAUCUUCACAACGUCAACCACAACAGCCAGAGCCACAACAGCCACAACCACAACAGCCACAAAAACAAACCAAACGAAAUGGCACAACAGAAAACCAGUAACACUAUUUUAUGA